AACCCAUUCCCAACAAGCACUUCCCUUUUCUCCCUCUUAACCCUCCCUCACUCACUCACCACCAAUCCAUCUUUUAAACCCGGCCCCUACAAAUUUCAAACCCAAGAAGAGAAAACAGAGAACCUGGACAUACAUGACAACGCUUCAGAAGUUCAAGCUGCUGGCGACCCAGUGCGGCGUGGCGCCGAGCCCCACGCGGAGCCCGAGGACAAGCCCAGUUGUCCAAUUCCGUCGCCGCAAGACCACCCUCCGAAUGCUGCUCAGCCGCCGAUCAUCUCGCAUGGCUCAGCCACUAAUCCCGCCUACUUGUUCUCCGCAAAAGAAGGAGGAGAAGGAUUUGGUGGCGGAGCUGCAGGGACACCGAACUCUCAAAGACCUUUUCGUGUCUUCGCCGCCGUUCGGAGAAACGAAAGAGAGGACUGGCGGUUCGAUUAGGAGCGGCAGUUUGGUUGGUUGGAAAUCCGGAACGGCAUCGUCAAGGCCGGCCUGGACAGGUUUUCGGCACAGGGCGUUGCUAAGAAGAGCAUGGCGUCCUGUGCUGGUUGCUAUUCCUGAGUGAAAAUGAUCAGGGCAUUUAUUUAUUUCCUGUAAUAAAUUCGUGAACAUAUUAUGUUGUAUAUGUUCCGACGGAGCACAAUGUGCCUCCAAUGAACUUGUCUCAAAAUUUUUUGUUAGUCCGAUUUAUUGUGUUAUUGGCACGUGGGUGAGCUUGCUAUGAUCUUGUUGUUAUAUUAUUAUUCAAGAGGGCAAAAUGGUGCAAAAUC